CUGCUCAUUUUGGUCGGUAAAUCUAGAGUCCACACCAAACUCAAACUCAGUCAAACCCUCAAACCCAUUAUCAAAUCUUCCAUACCCAUUUCUUCUUCUCUCUCGAAAGAUUGGAUUCACAGAAGAUGGGGCUGCUGGGAUUGUUAAUGAUGGGGUUUGUGGUGUUGUGUCAAAUGAAAGGCUCGUUUGGGUUGAGGUUCGUGAUUGAUAGAGAAGAGUGCUUCUCUCAUGAUGCAAAGUAUGAGGGUGACACUGUUCAUGUCUCUUUUGUUGUUAUCAAAAUCGAUUCAAGUUGGCAUCACGGUGAAGAAGGAGUUGAUCUUGUGGUGAAGGGGCCUUCUGGUGAACAACUUCAUGACAUACGUGAAAAGACGAGUGAUAAGUUUGAAUUUGUGGUUCAGAAGCCUGGUGUUCAUCGCUUCUGCUUCACUAACAAGUCUCCUUACCAUGAAACCAUUGAUUUUGAUGUACAUUCUGCGCACUUCACAUACAUUGAGGAGCAUGCUAAAGAUGAGCAUUUUAAACCCUUGUUUGAGCAGAUUCAAAAGUUGGAGGAAGCCAUUUUCAACAUCCAAUUUGAACAACACUGGCUAGAGGCUGAGACUGACCGCCAAGCAAUAUUGAAUGAAGGAAUGAGUCGGAGAGCAACUCACAAGGCAAUGUUUGAAUCAGCCGCACUAAUUGGAACCAGCUUCCUCCAAGUUUUUCUUUUGAAACGUUUGUUCGAGCGCAAGCUUGGAUCAUCUAGAGUCUAGAUCAUUCAGUAGCUAAUUAUCAAAUGUAACAUUACACAGUGGAAAUUAUUUUACAUGGUGAAAUAUUUCAGAACAGAAACUGUAGCAUUACAUGGAAACAAUAGUUUCAAGAUGGUUUUGUUGCUUAGUUGUAUUGUUCAGUUUGAACUACAUAAUGCCAUAAUGGUACUUUCUUGGAA